AUGGAGGGCAGCCCGCCACCGCCUCCGGGCCCGGGCCUGCUCGAGCGUACCCUCUCGGCGGAUUUCUUCAAGAAUUAUCUUGCUCAAAGUCACCCUGCCUUUGCAAGUCUCCCAGAUCGAUACGACCCGGCCAUGAGCGCCAUGACCCCACAGCAUCUGAAGGCACCAACCGGAAGCCACGGUGGUGACCGCUGGACAGAGGGGUCCGCCGGCGCGACGCCACCGCGGUCGUCUGACGGAGUCGCCCCGAGAUUGACCCCCCGGAAGCUCGUCCCCGCCGUCCGCGCGAUGGAGUUUUGGGCCCGGAUCCUGGAUGAGUCAGUGAAGAAGUUCAAAGAGGACAACUCGCACGCCCCUGGAAAGCUGGCGGAGAAGCCCGAGUAUGGCAUCCGGGAUGUCGAGAGCUGGGAUGCCGUCCUUGAUAGGCUUCAGGCGGCCCGCGAGAAGUUCGACGGUAAUAAGUCCGAGUUCCUCGCAAACGUCAAGCACGCGUACCGCUGGCUCUUUGACUGUAGCGACGCCAUCAAUAAGGGGAUGGAAUACAUCCCGGACUCGGACUACGUGACCCCGGUCAAGGCUGGACUAACAGUGCUCAUCGAGGCUGCCAAAACGACCUCAGAAGUCCGGGCAAAGGUCACUCACAGCUUUGAGGAAGGCGACCUGCGGGAGAAGUUUGGCAAAAUUGAAAUCUUUUUGGCCACGUUCCCCGGCGACGAAAACAUCCGACUUGCGUGUAUCGACAUGGUCGCAUGCACGUUAAAAGCGAUAGAACUUGCCAUUGCAUAUUACGUAUCUCGGGCCCUUGCUAGACUCCGUAAAGCCAUGCCUGUGAUUGGCGACGGCAGGAGCUUCCAGGAGAAUCUCAUCACGGCCAUCGACCAAAUCCGGGUCAAGUGCGACAAGAUUGUUGAAAAGGCCCUGGAAUCGCACAUUGCCGGGACUAAGAAGGCCAUGGAGUUGGCUCUUGAGGGAAUCGACAACCUCGCCGAGCUCUUGGCCCCCAUGGGCACGAAGUUGGAAGCGAUAGAUGAGAAGUUGGGGGCGAUGGAUGAGAAGAACGACCGCGUCAUAGAGCAGACUGGGCAAUUGUUAGUGAACUCGGAAAAGUCUACUAAACGCAUUGAGGAGCUCGCGGAAUUGAUAAAAUUCCACGUGGUCGACAUGUUUAACCAGGGCGCGCAAAAGAAAAAUCUGGAAAUGGACGCCAAGGAAGAAGAGAACAAGAAAGCCAUAAAGGCUCUCGAGCGGAAAUGCGAAUUGAUCGAGAUUGAGAUCCACCUCACGAAGGAGGAGAACGAGAGACUCAGGGCUAGCCAAACCAUCGUCUCAUCCAUAACACCGCCGUUACCGCAACAGCAGCUGGCCUGGUACCCGCCCGCGCAGGCCCCGUGGCAAACGCAGCCUGCUCCUCAAGCCUGGUCCCAACCCCAGCCCCAGUACCCCUACCAGCAGCAGGCACGGUACCCGCCGUGGGCGCCUUUUGAGGGGAUGACUUAUCAUCCGCUGCUGUCGCCACCACAGGGAUAUGCCUAUCCUCCUCCGCCUCCGCCCGAGCCACCGCUGCACCUGAGCACCCUCCUCACGAUCCUCGGCGCCUCGAGCCCCGACGCGAGCGACAUUGCGUCCAUUUUAGAGUCAGCAGAGUCCAUCGGGCAGAGGUACCGCAGCCGCGCCAAAAGGAUCAUCACAGCCGAUGAGUUCCGGUCCUGGGCCACGUCGCCGGCCUCGUGCGCGUUGCUAAUACAGGGCGACAUGCGAUAUGAAACGACGCAGGCCGGGGCCGCGCUGUCCUUUGUGUGCGCCUCCUUGGUUCAAAGCUUGCGCAACCAACCGAGCCUUUUCGUCCCCGUCGUCUUUUUCUGCCGCCAGCAUCUCGAGAGCGACGACGCCUUUUUCGGGCCGACCGCCAUGGUCCGGGCACUCAUCGCUCAACUUCUUCUUCUUCAGCAGCAGCAGCAGGGCCAAAAUUUUCUCAUCGAUGCCAUGAAAAACGCGCCUUUCACGCAACGCGACCUCGAGCUUGCCAUAGCCGAUCCGGCGUUGCAAGCACUGCGCUACGGUAACAUUGAUGCGCUUUGCCGGCUCCUCGAGUGGCUUGCGCGGCACGCGCUGCCGCAGCGCAAAACGCUGGUUUGCGUCCUUGACGGCGUCGAAGUCUAUGAGACGUCGAGGCACGAGGGCGACCUUGGCCGGGUGGUUCAAUGCCUACUCGGCCUCGCGAGGGACACGAGCCUCGGGACCUCAGUCAAAGUCCUGGCCACGAGUCCGGAGGGGACCGUGAGCCUGGACGAGAAUUUUGACGAUGUCGUUGAGCUUCAGGCGCUUGAGUCCAGAGGUGAUGAGGACAGUAUCGCCGAGAUUGAGGAUGAGCUGCAAUGA